GUCAGCCGCUCAGGCAACCAACAGCUCAAGCACAGCUAAAACAGCUAAGAAACGUUCAGCACCACAGAACAGCGGACAGCUCCUCAAUAAGCGAACACCAUGGUUCUGAUCUGGACACAGUUUGGAGUGAAAACCAAAAAUGUCAAGUGCAAGGUCCGCGUUAUGAACAGGAAUGACAGCUCGGGCUCUUCAUCAGGGGUAAGUUAUAUUUUUACAAUUAUAUUAAUUUCAGUAAUUUACUGAUUUUAAUUAUUUCAAAUGCAAGUAGCCCAUACAGUAUGUCUGUCAUGCUCAUUUUACGCAUAUAGUCAUUCAUUGUGCCUUAUGGUUGUGUCAUUAAAAAGUUGACAGUGAGUUCAAAGACUUUGCUAAUUGCUGAGAAUAAUCUUUGAGAUUAAGCAUAGUGAUUUAUGUCAAAUAUUGAACGUUCCUUUCGAACUAUAGCCUGUUCAACUUGUAUGGGAGCAAUGGGUUCUCCAGUAGCCUACUGUACAUGUUUUAUAUACACUCCUAAUCCCAAUGCAGAUAGUGUAGCCUAGUUGAGACAAUCAGGGCGCAGCCAGCAUCUAUGGUAGGAGGUGCAGUCUGCUUCACCAUGCUCAUACACACGAGUUCCCCCUAUAUUCACAGAUAUCUGCAUUGUAGUUGGUAAGUCUGAAAUGGACAGAAUUGCAUUUGCCAUGGGCUAAUUUUCACAUAACACCGUUUUCAUGGGCUGAAUGCCAUAUUAAAUAAUAAAUUGAUAUUGUGGUCAUUUGUAUUCAAAAGACUGACACUUCCAAGUAUGGAUCUUCUGAUAUUGGUACAAACUAGCACAGUAGGCUUCCUGAUAAAUCAUAGGUGACUCAGUGCUACUUGUCUUGAUCAUUCUCAAUCAACUGUUGAAUGUCACACCUGCUGGGUGUUGGGUGUCAUAAAGAUGCCAGAUGCUUGGCAAUGCAUUAUCAUGGGCAUGGCAAUGAGAGUGCACUAUAAGGAGAGUUUAGAGCCCACAGGCCAGGGAGUUAGUUCUCUUUCUACCACAUCUUAUCCAGCUCUGGUUUAAUAUCUUUUCAUUGUGGUACAGUGAGAACCGGACUUUUAGACAAAGGACAAAGUGAAUCCAUUGGUGGGCGUCAUUCAGGCAUUUGUCCUUUUAUAAGUGGGUUGACAUCUGUAGGCUAUAGAGAUCUAACGUGUUCCUUCUCCCACCCUGUUUCUCCAGGAGAACCAAAAGGACCAAGAGGUGCCUGUUAUAUCUGUCAAGCCUAUGGGGAAGGAUUUCUACAAGGUCUUGGGCGUCGAGACCGACUCCAACGAAGAUGAGAUCAAGAAGGCGUACAGGAAGAUGGCCCUAAAGUUUCACCCCGACAAGAACAGCGCCGCAGACGCCGCAGACAAGUUCAAGGAGAUCGCAGAAGCUUAUGAGAUUCUGACCGACCCCAAGAAGAGAGUAAUCUAUGAUCAGUUUGGAGAAGAAGGUGAGAGACUUUCCUUCAUUCCCUUGUCAUUUAACCAGUAGUAGCCUAGUAGGGCCCUUUGCCUUUGUCAGUUGAGUAGAAGUAGUUAUUAUAGCACAGGCAGGUGCAUUGUUGAAUGGUUGAUGGUAAGCAGCAGUACCUUUGCCAAGUGCAGUUGCAUCUAACAAAAAAUCUGCAGCACCUGGUCCACCAGAGAGCCAGCCCAACACGUACGGUGUAGACAACCGCAGGCUGAUAAAUUAUUCAGCCAUCGACCAAGAAAAAGUUUUCCUCAAACUUCAAAAAGUGCCAAAUGUACAUUUUGUAAGCUCUCCAGAAGUGUUGAGCCAAAUAUACAUGAGUAAGAACUUUGUCUCAGAGUGGAAGUAGAAUAGAAGAUUGGACAAGAUGGAAGAUCACACAUCUUCUGCCUGGGUAAGCUGUACUAACUGUAUUUUUUUCCUUUUGUGUCUCAGGUCUUAAAAACGGAGGCGGGGUGUCCAUGGCAGGCAAGGAGAACAACACCCAUCACUACAGUUACCAUGGCGAUGCCCACGCCACGUUCUCCUCCUUCUUCCAAGGCUCCGACCACUUCGACAUCUUCUUCGGGCCGGACGGCGAGGAGGAGCUCUUCAACCCCUUCAGCCGCUUCUCCUUCAGCCACGUCGGCGGUUACCAAAGUAACUACGGACCCACUGGCGAGAAGCUUCGGCGCGGGCGUCGGCGUCUGCAGGGUGUGGCGGUGGUUCACGACCUCCUGGUAACCCUGGAAGAGGUGUUCCACGGCUGCACCAAGCACAUGAAGAUCACGCGGCGCCGCCUCAACCCGGACGGCCGCAGCCUGCGCACCGAGGACAAGGUCCUGAACGUAGUGGUAAAGAAGGGGUGGAAGGAGGGUACCAAGAUCACCUUCCCCAGAGAGGGCGACGAGACGCCCAACAACAUACCCGCCGACGUGGCCUUCGUCCUCAAGGACAAGAAACACCCCCACUACAAGAGGGAUGGGUCACACAUUGUGUAUACAGCCAAGAUCACCCUCAAAGAAGUAAGUUUGUGUUUGUGUGUCAACUCUACAUUUAUUUGGGUAUAUAACGCAGAAUUACAGUACUGCCAUACUUUUAGUAUAGGCAGGAUUACAUAACGUUUCAAGGCACAGUUGAAGUAUGCCACUUCCAUACGUUGGACAAUGGCUCAAAUUGGUGGCUGUAGAAUAGAUAAAACACUGUUCUAUUCAGAGUGCCUCUCAGCUAACCCACCACUGCUCCAGCCUUGUCCUUAGCUCAGCUCAUAGACCCCCACGAACACACAGUACAGUGCACCCUGCAGAGAGCAGCAGCAGCUGUACCUAAAUAUAGCCUCUGUGUCGGCCGCCCCCUCAUACUGCUUUCACUUCGCUCCCUCACUGACUCCCCUGCACUGUGCCAGCCUUUAGCUUCCUCUCGCCCUCUCUCUCUGGCUCGCAAUCACUCACUCCCACGUCCUAUGCUCCUCAAAUUAGCAUGAGAGCGUUCACAGACAUGGCAGGCUCUUCAAAGAGCUCCUCUCCAUCUUCCCAUGGCCCCACUCAGUCACUCUGUUGAGUACCGACACCCACACACACAACCAGAAUAGAGAGGAGAUUACCGGUAUGGCAUUUGUAACACGUAUCGUUGCAUAACAGAGCAAAGCAUUGUCUUUAGGGGGCAAAUGCUCCACAUUCAAGUCUGUGAUAGAACACAUUCACUUGGAAAAUUGCCCUGGUUAGGUAAGAGUUUCAUACAUUCAUUCAGAAGUACCAACUGCAGCUAAUUAUGGUAUGGGGUCUGCUUCAUGUACUGUAUUAUGUAACCAAAGGCUCUCAACAUAAAAGAAGGAACCAGAAAACUAACCAAUCCGAUCUUCCUCUCUGUUUCCUUCCAGGCUCUAUGUGGAUGCACAGUCAACGUCCCCACCCUGGACAACAGGACGAUGCCGCUGCCGUGCAGUGACGUCAUCAAGCCCGGCGGCAUCCGGCGGCUGAGGGGCGAGGGCCUGCCCCACGCCAAGACCCCCUCCACACGUGGCGACCUGGUGGUGGAGUUCCAGGUGACCUUCCCCGAUAGGAUCCCUCCCCAGUCCAAAGAGAUCAUCAAACACAGCCUCGCUGGGUGCUAAUGUGCUAAUGUCCUAGCAUGUUAUUGUGCUAAAAACCUACUGUUUGAGCCAUUAGAAUCACAGCCUUGCCAGGUGCUAUGACAAUCCAGCACAGCUUCUCCCUGUGCUCGGUUUAGAGACAAUGGCAGAGGGCACCGGAGAGGGUCAGAUGGAAGCUUUUUUGAUUAUAGGCAUAUUUAACAGAUACAAUGCCACAAGUAGAAAGGUUUACAGUUUAACUGGCAAAUUGACUCCUGAGUGUCUGGGCACGUCUACUGACUUUCUCUUGAAUUAAAAGGGAAUAGGUACUGUUACUGUGUAUACUGCUUGCCUAUAUCAGGAACUUGGUAUGCCAAUCGAGUCAUUUGACUUAUUACAGAAACCUGAGGUAGUUGAUAGUCAUGUGACAAAAUGAUUCUACCACUUGUAGGCUAUGGUUGUAUGUUUUUCAUAUGACUGCACCUUUACAUUGAUUUAUUACAAUAACAAAUAUGUACUUGUGUACAAGAGUGUACUUGUGUACAAAAAUAUGUAUAACUUUGUCUCUAAAAGAGAUUCCUCUGUCAGAUGUUCAACUGAAUCAUUUGAAAUGUUUGUGUAUAUAUGUGCUUUAACUGAUACCAGAUGUUAAUGUAUUAUUCUAAAUUGACAAAUGGACACAAAGAAAAGCAUGUUAAAUAAAUGAAAAUACCUGAAUUUUAACUCAUGGUGUUGGUGUUUGAUUAUCUUAUAAAAUGUGCAGCAGUGGUCAUGAAUGAUAAUUUGUGCAGAGAAUGAGC